ACCGUGCAUGUGUGAGCAAUUGCUAGUUGCGACAAACGUAAAGAGGCCAAAUCACCUUUCGGAAGUUCCAUUUUAUGUUUCGUCUUGCUCUUCUCCUCUCCCCUUCCACAAGAGGAGAAGAGAAAGGAGGGCUAGGCAUAAGGUUUUAUGGUUUAUUCAAUUCACUUGAAGUUUUCAAUCCUGCUGAGUUCCUCAAACUCUCCAUCUCAAGAAUUUUAUCGAUUAGUUCAGUUUUGGAUCUGACUUUCUUAGCUGGCGCAUUACAAGUUGCCUUGGUCUCGAUGGUAUGUGCACUUGGAAAGUGGAGAAUGGCAGCUAUGGUGAGGCUUCUGGAAACUGGAAAUUUCUCAGAAAUCACAGCAGACUCCUUGCCAGAAGAAGCUAGCCGCGAGAAAUUAGCUGUUCAGUCCAUUCAUAGAGAAUUACGUGAGGCAGAUGAAGCAAAUUUGCUUGAAGAGGAAGAUAUGCAUGUUUUUGAUUGCAAACCACUGGCAGACCCUUUGCAUUUGGUUUGUUGCAAUGCUUGUAAGAGACCAAUCAAGGCCAGUCAGUAUGCUGCUCAUGCAGAGCGGUGUAGGUCAUUUAAUUCCACAGAAGAAACUGGUUUGGAGCUUGAUGGUGGCACAGGACAUAAGAAACCUCCGAGGAAGGGGAGGAAAAAAUUGCAAACAGCUCAGGAUAACCAAGCUGCUACAGUUGUGGAGCAAGAGAGGUCUGAGUCUGUGCAUGCGGAUGAUCAUGCUGUUUCAGAAUCCACUGUUGAUAACCAAACUGGAAUGAAUUAUUCCAUCUCUAGAGAGGCAAAAAGGCACUCAGUUUCUAUUGAUGGGGCUGCUGUAAUUGAUGGUUCAGGUCUUAGUCCUAGAAGUACAAACUAUUUAGCAGGUGUAUUGUCUCCUUCAAAAAGACGUACUAAGUUGAUGGAAGUUGAGGGUUUACAACCAUCUGGUGGUUUAGAAACAGCAUAUGGGGUAACUGCAAAUAUGGGCAGAAGUUGUCAGGAGGCUCAAACCUGUGGAGAAUUUUCCAAGGGAUCAAUUGCAGGAAGAGGAAAGCCUUACGAUUCUGCCGGAUAUCAAAAGCCUGGGCAGGUGUCUAAACGCAGAAUUUCAACCAAAGAUGCUCCAGUUCCUCUUGCAACCAAAGUUUACAACUUGCAAAGAAAUAAUCAUCUCCGGUCAGCUCUCUGCCAUCUUUACUUCGAAGUAUCUAAGAACUCCAGUGAUUCUCUGAGCCCAAAAGGAGUACAGGGAAUUAUGGUAUUACCAUCUCAGGAUUCAUCACCUAAGGAUUCAUCGCAUGAGAGAAUAGAUGAUCUACUGCAAAAGAAGGAUAAUACUUAUGCAUUGCAUGCUGUGCGGAAGCCUGACCAAAUACUCGCUCAAAGUUCUGAAUUGUGUUUGGGAAACUCUAGUGGACACCCAGCAGUCACAAACUUCACAAACUUCUCGGAUCAGUUUCUGGAUAAUAACUUCUCAAGACCUGGAAUCUCUAUUGAUGCUGCUCCCACGGGGAUGAUGAGAGGCAGAUAUUUUCCCGCUCCUUAUUCUUUUCCUGGCAACUCUGGGACAUCACUUGGUACCAUGCAGCAGGCUAAUGGAAGUGUUCCAGUUAUAUAGGACUCUCAAGAAAUGCUUUUCGUAGGGUAAAGUUGAUCUAUCAUUUCCCAAUUCAAGUUGUAGACCAUCCACCAUUCAUUUUGGCAUUUUCAUAUACCAUUGUUACUUCUAACAGUAGAUACCUCAUUAUCAAAGUUCCUUGUCUUAACAGUGAUACUAUGAAGCAUAGUACUGCGCCUUUAUUGUUUUU